UAUUUUCUUUCUUUUGUUUGAAGUUUAGACUUUAGAACGCUGAAACCCUGAUUGUAAACGCGCGGAAGACGCACAGUUGCGGCGAACACAUGAAGAAACCGAAGCAAACUCAGUUGAAUCCCAAUUGGCUUCAACUACAACAAAAGCUGAAUGACUCCAAGGCUUCAAGGACCUUCAAAAAUUCAGACAAAGUUACCCCGGAAUCAAUAUUGGGGAAACGUAAAGAGAGACCAGACGAGGAAUCCAAUGAUAGUCAGAUUAAUCCUCUUACUCCUGUAAAUGAUGAUUCAAGUCUGACAGAUGCAGUGGCCAUGGAUUGUGAAAUGGUUGGCGUUGGUCAAGGAAACAAAAGUGCUCUUGGAAGAGUAACUCUGGUCAAUAAGUGGGGAAAUGUUAUUUAUGACGAGUUUGUUCGGCCAAUGGAACGGGUUGUUGACUUCCGUACUAAAAUCAGUGGCAUAAGGCCUCGAGAUCUUAGAAAAGCAAAGGAUUUUUGGACUGCUCAGAAGAAAGUGUCAGAGUUGAUCAAUGGAAGGAUCCUUGUUGGUCAUGCCUUGUCCAAUGACUUUAAGGCAUUGUUAUUAAGUCAUCCCAAAAAGGAUAUAAGAGACACCUCCGAGUAUCAACCAUUUCUAAGAUCAAGUAGCAGAAGAGCACUGCGACAUCUUGCUGACGAACAUCUCGGUGUGCAGAUCCAAACAGGAGAGCACUGCCCAAUAGAAGAUGCUCGUGCUGCUAUGCUGCUUUACCAAAGACAUAAGAAGGAGUGGGAAAAGAGCAUAAAAGAUCAAUUUCGGUUGAAACAGAAGCAGAGGAAAUCGAAGCAGAAAAAGAAGCACAAGAUUGAAGAAGCUUCAAAUGCAAACCAUGUUGAAAUUGAAUCAUAGAUUUUUGUGCCCUGUUGAAAACAUCUGGUCAGGGGACAUCCCUUCAAUGUUUGUUGUAUUGCUUAGAUUUGGAUUCCAAAUACAGUUAAAAGAAAUAGUUUUUUCCUAGUUAUAAGAUCAAUUUUUUGCGGUGGGUCACAUACUCUUGUUCUGUUUUGCAUCUGAGUAUAAUUGGUAGGGAAAAGCUGUUCUCAGUUUUAUUGAGUAGAAGCUAUAAAAUACGAGUACUUUUAUGAUUGAUAA